AGCCGUUUUGGCUCAGGCGCGGCGCGGCCUGGCGGGUCUGCGCCAGGGCGGGGCGAUGGACGGUUGCGGGCCGGGUGCAGCGGGCGAUGGGGGCCUCGGGGUCCGCGUGGUGGUCGCGAGCUGCAGCCGCCCCAAGGUGGAGGCUGCGGCGGCGGCCUUCGGGCGCCUGCUGUGGCCCCACCAGGCCUUGCAGCUCGAGGCCGUCGAGGCCCCCUCCGGAGUGUCGGCGCAGCCGAGGGGGCGGCAGGAGGCCUCGGAGGGGGGCUGGUCCAGGCAUUGGCCAUCCUCCGAGAGACGCGCCUUGGCGCGCUGAACCGGCUGAAGGCUGCCCGGUCCACGGCGGCCGGCGCCGCGGCGGAUUUCUGCAUCGCUUUCGAGGGCGGCGUGGAGGCGGACGACACCGGCCGGCUGGUGUGCUUCGCGGUGGUGUGCGCUCAGUACAGGGAUGACGCUUACGUCAGCGAGGUUCACAGCGCCUCGCAUUCGUUGCCACCUGGCCUCCAAGCAAUGAUGGAGCAGGAGGGCCUGGAGCUGGGCGUGGCCACGGACCGUUUCUUCGAGGAACGCAUUGCGGCGGGCUACGGCAAGAACACGGGUGGCACGAUAGGUGCUUUGACGCACGGUAUCAUCGACCGGGUGGAGUUCUAUACUCAGCCUGGCAUGUUGGCGCUGGUGCCGUUCAUGAAUGCGGCGGCGUAUGGUAUAGUCGCCGGGAACCCGCUGGACCGACCAGCCAGGACGUGAGCCUGACGCCGUGACGUUGACGCCGUAAUUAUCGAUGUUUCAGCGAUGAGUGUCGCCAGGGGUGCUCAGGGGAGAGAUGGUGGCAAGUGGAUGCCAAGGUUGGUCAUGUCUGGCCGUAAGAAGCACACGAAUGGGCUACAAGAUGGGUCCGCCCACUUCACAGAGGUAUGUAAGUAAGCGGCGACGGCGGCCCGACGGCAGCGGGUGCGACGGAUCCGAUGACGGCGGCUACGACGGCGGCGGCCCCCC